GCCACAUAUAUUCUAUCAAUCAAUAGUUCAGCUUCAUUUUCUAGUAAAAUAUUUGACUAUAUAUAAUUAUAUGUCCGGAAAUCAUUCAAACAAAGCAUGAACAAUAGCUUAGCAACAAAAUAUUUUUUAGGAAUGAAGAAAGUAGAGGUUGUGUUCAUCCCUUUACCUGCCAUGGGCCAUAUUAUAGCAGCGGUAGAGAUGGCUAAGCUUAUUGUUGAAAGUGAUGAUCGAAUUUCCGCAAGUGUCCUCAUGAUGAAGCCAGCUCUUGACUCCACCACCACAAAAUACACUGAGUCACUCACUGCAUCAACUCUACCCAAUCGCAUGCGAGUCGUUGACUUGCCCAGUCUUGAGCACACCGGUGUGCACAACACUAGUGCUAGCUGGAUGGCUUCUUUGGCUGAAGCCCAAAAACCCCAUGUCAAAGAAUUUGUUUCCAAGAUCAAGGCUCAGUCAGAGUUGAGCCCUCAUGACUCUCCUCAACUUGCUGGGUUUGUUUUGGAUACUUUUGUUUUGGGAAUGAAUGAUUUGGCUGCAGAAUUUGGUGUUCCCUGGUAUGUUUUCUCGGCUUCAGGUGCAGCUUUUAUCGGCUCGAUGUUGUAUCUUCAGGCCCUUCAUGAUGAGCAGAAAGCGGAUCUCCCUGAGUACAAAGACUCGGAUGCUGAGUUGGAAAUUCCAAGCUUGGUGAACAGGCUUCCUGCUAAGCUCCUGCCUUCUAUGGUGUUUAAAAGAGAAUCUCUCCCUCAUUUUAUUGGUGCUGCAAGAAGGUUGAAGCACGCAAGGGGCAUUUUGAUAAAUACAUUCAAAGAGUUAGAAUCACAUGCAAUCAACUCUCUUUCUAAUGGUGAAAUCCCUCCUGUAUAUCCGUUGGGACCAAUUGUGAGAUGUAAAGGAAAUAGCUAUGAUGUGGGUUCAAAUAUUAUCAACGACUACACGGACAUAAUGCAAUGGCUUGAUGAUCAGCCUCCGUGCUCGGUAGUGUUUUUGUGCUUCGGGAGUUGGGGAAGUUUCAGCGUUGGUCAAGUGAAAGAGAUUGCAUAUGCAUUGGAGCAAUGUGGACAUCGAUUCUUGUGGUGUCUGCGUAAACCUCCAUGCAAGGGUAAGAUUGAAUCACCAAGUGAUUAUGUAAAUUUUCAAGAAAUCUUGCCUGAAGGGUUUUUAGAUAGAUCAGAUAAGAUAGGAAAGGUGAUUAAAUGGGCUCCGCAAGUGGAAAUCUUGGGGCACAAAGCUGUUGGAGGAUUUGUAUCACAUUGUGGAUGGAAUUCUACCUUAGAAAGUAUUUUGUCUGGUGUCCCAAUGGCAACAUGGCCAUUGUAUGGAGAGCAACAAUUUAAUGCUUUUGAAAUGGUAAUUGAGCUAGGGCUAGCAGUGGAGAUUAAAAUAGAUUCUAGAAGGGAUUUUUCUAAAGAUGGUAUAAUUGUGAGUUCUGAUGAUAUAAAAAGAGGAUUAAAGUUAGUAAUGGAGCCUGAUAACGAGAUUAGAAAAAAGGUGAAAGAGAUGAGUCAACUAAGCAGGAAAGCUUUAAUGGAAGAUGGGUCGUCAUACUCUGCAUUGGCUCAUCUGAUUGAAGAUAUUAUGGGCAACUAUAAGUAGCAUUGUAAAUCUAAGUACCGAAAUUGUAAUAAGAUAAUAAAUAAAAGUUCAAAUUACUUUAAA